CAGAGGUGUUUGUGCAGACACAGCUGGCGAGUGGAUGUGCACAGCUAAGAACGAGUGGGUCUUGUCUUUAAUCUUCCAGAGGGAGAUUCUAGCUCAGCUGAGACCUGGACUCCCUGACACAGGAGCCAGUGACCCCAAAGGAAGAGGGGUGCCGGGGGAAGCAGAAAAGUUGGGGGACGGUAGGACAGAUGUAAUGGUACCUACAGCCUUCAAGGAGCCUCCGGUGCAGGAAGCAAAGUGCCUGGCAGCAGGACAAGGGGACUGUCACUUGGCUUGGAGUGGGCUGGAGUGAGGGUAAAGCAACACCUCCUUCCAGCUGGACACAGACUGGUGAGCUGAACGGGAAACUCUGAGAUCCCACUGCUGACACCAUGACCUCAGAAGCUGACGGGAUCUGCCCAGAGGGCAAAGACUUUGUUGAUGUCAUUGAGUAUUUAAUGGACCCAAGGAACAAAGAGAAACUUCAACACCUGCUGAGUGAUGAAGCCUGGAAAAGCUUUGUGACUGCGGCCAAGUUGUCCAGGGAUGAGGCAGAUGCACUCUAUGCAGACUUGAGCCAGCUGAAAACACUCAUGGCCGUGGAGGACAAAGACAUGCCCUCAGCAGAGCAGCUGCAUGGGGAGAGCUUUAUGAAGGAGUUUCCUCAGGUGAAACAGGACCUUGAGGAACGCAUACGAAAGCUCUACGCACUUGCGGAUGAGGUGGACAAGGUGCACAGGGACUGCACCAUCUCCAAAGUGGCGGCCUCUUCCACCGGCGCUGUGUCUGGCCUUCUGACCAUCGCUGGCCUGGCUCUGGCACCUGUGACAGCAGGAGCUAGUCUGGUGCUUUCAGCAACUGGGUUGGGACUGGGGGCAGCAGCUGCUGUGACCGGUGUGACUGCCAGCAUUGUGGAAGCCUCAAAGAAUGCGUCAGCAAAAGCCGAAGCCAGCCGCCUAUUGUCAACGGGCAGUGACACAGAGAAGCUGGUCGGGGAGGUUCUAAGUCGCAGCACACCCAAAAUUGCUUCCUUAGCAAGGAAGUGUUAUCAAUCCCUGCAAGUCAUUGUGAAGAAUGCCCGUGCCUUCAAGCUGGCCAAAGCCAAUCCUCGCUUAGCAGCCAAGGCCACGCGCUUCUUGCGCACGGGGACAGUCUCAGUCCGAAGCGGCAAGCAGGUGCAGAAAGCUUUUGGGGGCACUGCUCUGGCCAUGAGCAAAGAAGCCAGGGUCUUCGGUGCAGCCACCGCAGGUAUAUUCCUUCUCAUGGAUGUAGUGGACCUAGUGAAAGAGUCAAUGCACUUACACGAGGGCGCAAAGGCUCAGUCGGCGGAAGAGUUGAGGCAGCAGGCCCAGGAGCUGGAGAGGAGGUUGGAAGAACUCACCCGAAUUCAUGCAGGUCUACAGGAGGACCUGACUCCGUGAUCCCCAGACAGUGCAGGGAGCAGGGUGUGUGGGAGACAAAGGCGUGGACUUACAUUGUUAGAGGGGGAAAGCCGGUGAGAUAAAAUGGAUGAGACUGUGUGUUAAGGAGUUUGGUAUUUCUAUAGCUGAGCACAGCAAAGAAAGGGUUCAUGCAGAUGGCAGGUGGGUCAAAGAGAAGGAAGGAACCUAGAGCUUGGAAUCAGGAAAGAGAGGGGGAAAGAGAGUGAGGGGUGGGGCUUUAUUUUGACUAAAAAAGACAUUGGGGUCAUGAAUAAAGAAAGAGAAGUGAAGGAAUAAGCACCGAGAAGGCUCUGACUACCAAAAAGUUGACUAUGGAAGAGGGUGAAAGAGUUUGAGUUGUUGGGAUAUGGGAGUUACAGUGGCUCCUGGAUUGGCCCUCCCCAGGGUUCACGGUAGCAGCAGGAACUCCGUCUCUCCCUGGUCCUGGUCUCUAGCCCUGCUUUCCAGUUCUAGCUCACCUUUGUCUUCCAGCAGUACAUCUUAGGUAGGUAGUGACUUUUUUUUUAAUUACUAUAUAUAGUUUAAUGAAAAAUAGUAAUGAUUGUGUAACCAAAUAGCUAAAACUAUAAUCACAGGUGUUUUAACCAUUCCCU